GUUUGGCCCUUCAUGUGCUGCAUGAUAUAGCAGCUUUCAGCACUAUUGUUUUGCAACAACAAAGUCUCUGGUUCAAAUUCCAGCGGGGGGCCACGUGUGCACAAUUUGUAUGAUCUCCCCCACGUACGUGUGGCUUCCUCCCUCAGUAGAAUAACUUGCAUGUUGGACUCAUUGGUCAUGUGAUGGACAUAGUUGGUCCAGCAGAUAGAUGCACAUUGUAGUAGGAGCAUGCACUUAAAAUGUCGACUUGUUAAUUUCUAGGAAUAAACAUUGCAGAAAAACGGUCACUUCUUAUCUCGAAGUUGUUAAACAUGAUCCUCUGAGCAAAGGCCAGCGAGUUGACAGCUCGCUGUGAAACAUGGCUUGUUUCAGAUUCAUGUUUCAGAACCUAAUUAAACAAAUUACACAGUUUUUCUAACAAACAGCCAACAAGAAAUGUAUUGUAAACUGAACACCCUGUGUUUGAAAAGUCGCCGUCUGCUGGUCGAGGUCUAGGCACCAACUUACAAACAAACAUAAACACAUUCCUAAACCAGACAAAAUUAGAAAGACUCUAGAGAUUGUUACUCCUGUUGUAUUAGCUCCUUAUUAGCUCAUAGUAAAUAUUUGCUGUUUAUUAAAAGAAAAUGUUCGGACCAACAUAUCAGUUCGCCACAUUUUUUAGGCCGAUUCUUUUCUCAAACUCCAAAGGGUCUAAGAACCAUCAUAUUUCAAAAAUGAUGUGGAUAUUUCAAUAUUUUCUUUACAAACGGGACUAUUUUCUUUCAGCGUUUGGUAACUUUUUAAUUUUCUCCAAACGGGUUAAACUGAUAGCACUGCAUACAAUAUUAUUUACUAUAUUUGUUGUUGGAAAAUGAUUUUGAUGAACGAAUAUGUGGUUGAAAAAUGCCGGCAUGUGAAAUCAAUGUUGUUUUUUUUAAAAAAGGAGUUUGUUAUCUUUUCAUGUGUGUACUGAACUAGCGACUGUGAAUAUAAGUUAAUUAUUACACAUGCUGUAAUUAAAUCAAACCAGAAUGAACCAGCGGCGUUGCAGAGAACACUCUGCUGCUCAGACGGACCCUGGACCCUGGAUUCACAUCCAGCUGGCUGCGGUGCUUGAGCGCCAUGUCUGCCAUGUCUGCCAUGUCUGCCCCGCUGCUCAGGGUCUGCUACAGUUUCCGAUGUUUGAAUGGACUCAAAGACUGCAGGACGUGGAAACCAGGAGGGGCAGUUUUGCUUCGGUCUCUCCAUGUAGACAGUCCACCUCAUAAAUCAUCCCUGACCACCAGCUACGUUCACGGCACCUCUUCCUAUUCCUUUCUUCCCCUGACUGUAAGUCAGAGCCUGGAAGCUACCGUCCGACGCUAUCCUGACCGCGAAGCCGUGGUGUUUCUACAGGACGGCAUCAGAAAAACCUUUGCUGAGUUUCAGACAGAUGUGGACACGGCUGCAGCUGGCUUGCUUGCUCUGGGCUUGAAGAAAGGUGAUCGACUGGGGAUUUGGGCUCCCAACAUAUACGAAUGGAUCCUUUUCCAGUUUGCCUCAGCUAAGGCCGGAAUUAUCCUGGUGUCACUGAACCCAGCCUAUCAAGUAGACGAACUGGCGUUUACACUGCAAAAGGUCCAGUGUAAAGCAGUAUUGUGUCCAACCAGCUUUAAAAGCCAGAACUUUUGCGAGAUGCUGCGGGAGAUUUGUCCAGGAAUCGAGUCAAUGCCCCCGAAUAUGAUCAAAAGCUCCAGGGUGCCAGAGCUGCGUAUGAUCAUUGCGACCGACAACAGGCAGCCAGGGAUGCUCCAUGUGGACGAUGUGAUGCAGGCAGCGGAGAGUCAGCACUACAAGCAGCUGUUGGACCUGCAGAGCCAGCUGUCCUUUGAUGAUGCCAUCAACAUCCAGUUCACUUCAGGUACCACUGGAAAACCAAAGGGAGCCACUCUUUCCCACAACAAUAUUGUAAAUAAUGCAUAUUAUGUGGGCCUCCGUAUGGGCUACAAUCACAGACCUCAGGUGCGAGUGUGUGUGCCUGUGCCUCUGUAUCACUGCUUCGGCUCUGUGAUCGGAGGGAUGAGCAUGGCAGUUCACGGCAUCACUCUCGUGUUCCCUUCUUCUGCUUACAACAGCUCUGCCAAUUUAGAGGCCAUCCAGAAUGAAAAGUGCAAUUUUGUCUACGGCACUCCCACAAUGUACACUGACUUGCUGAGUCGGGAUUUACACAAGUAUGACCUGUCAUCAGUUGAAGCUGGGCUCAUGGGAGGCUCUCCAUGCCCCCCCGAGAUCCUGAGGCGACUCAUAUCAAACAUGAACAUGAAAGAAAUAACGAUUAUAUAUGGAACUACUGAAAACAGCCCUCUUACGUUCUUGGGGUUCCCACAAGACAACGAUGAUCUGAAGAUCAACACUGUCGGGUGUAUCAUGCCUCACACUGAGGCCAAGAUAGUGGACCCCAACUCGGGCCAGAUUGUCCCUUUGGGGGCGUCGGGGGAGCUGAUGACCAGAGGUUACUGUGUGAUGCUCGGGUACUGGGAUGAUCCUCAGAAAACCAGAGAGGUCAUCUCUGAGGAUCGCUGGUAUAGGACUGGUGACACAGCCAGCCUGAACAGUCUGGGGUACUGCUGCAUCGAGGGACGUAUGAAGGACAUGAUCAUUCGCGGAGGGGAGAACAUUUACCCCGCUGAGGUGGAACAAUUUCUCCACAAGCAUCCAAAAGUUCUGGAGGUGCAGGUGGUUGGAGUGAAAGAUGAGAGGCUGGGUGAGCAGGUGUGUGCUUGCGUCAGGCUGAGGGAGGGCCAGACCUCCACUGUAGAGGAGAUAAGAGACUUCUGCACAGGAAAGAUUUCUCACUUUAAGAUUCCAUACUAUGUGGUGUUUGUAGACAGUUACCCACUAACUGUCUCUGGAAAGAUCAAGAAGAACAUAUUAAAGAAGGAAGUGGAGAAGAAAUUAGGUCUAUGAUUUUGUUUUUUAGCUUUUAAAAUGAGUAAAGAUUAAAACUAAUUUAUGUAUCUGAAUAAUUUAUGCCUUGUUUUAAAUUGUGCUGGAAUAUUAAAGCAGCCUGUUGAUUUAUUCAAUAUUAAAGCUUUACAACAUAGCAAAUGAAUGAUCCAGUUUUUAAUUGUCCCACCAUACAUCUUAAAAUGAGCAUCAACUGUAUAACUUUCAAUAAAUUAUUUUAAACAAGCAACUUUUUAGACAUGUUUUUAGAUAAUCAAAAGGUGUAAUAAGUUUUAGACCAUAAUAGGUUUCGUUUAAGUAUCAAAACAAAAAACCCCAACAUGUUUUCAUUUCACCAAAACCAUAGGCAUAUUUAUUAUCUCAAUCUUUAUUUACUUUAACAAUUGACAAUUUAAUAGCAUAUUACAAUGGCUGUAACCACUGUACAAAAGUAAAACUCGUUAUCUCAACACAUGCCAUACAGUGGCAAUAAUCUGAAAUAAAUAGGACUUUAAUGCCAAAUGUCUCUAUGUACAUGUAAGCAAAUUUUCCCCUUCUAUAUACACUACUGUACAAACUCGCUAAAGUCUCUUCAGUAACAGGCUCUACUGUAAACUGAGAUCUCAUAAAUACAAACAACUAACCUUUAAAUUAUACUUCAGGCUAUAACGGGUUUAAAAAUGUGAGCUGCAAGAAGAAAAAUAGAUACAAAGUCAAUAACAAAGCUGCCAAGACCAAAAAAAAAAAAAAGUUAAUACCAAAUUAAUAUUAGUGAAAAUCUGUGCUGCACUGCACAAAA